CUUCUCUCUCUUUGCCCCGCAGUCCUCCGACUGAGAGGUCCAACCGCAGGUAUCUGCUACCGAGGCUGUCUUAAGCCGGGGAACCAACAGCCAAAAUGGUGAACUUUACAGUAGACCAGAUCCGUGAGAUCAUGGACAAAAAGUCCAACAUUAGGAAUAUGUCCGUGAUCGCUCACGUGGACCACGGGAAAUCCACCCUGACCGAUUCCCUAGUGUGCAAGGCUGGAAUCAUCGCCUCAGCACGCGCAGGGGAGACCAGAUUCACGGACACAAGAAAAGAUGAACAGGAGAGAUGUAUCACCAUUAAGUCCACAGCUAUCUCUCUGUACUAUGAGCUCAGUGAAAAUGACAUGGCCUUCAUCAAACAGUGCAAGGAUGGCUCUGGCUUCCUCAUUAACCUCAUUGACUCCCCUGGUCACGUCGAUUUCUCCUCCGAAGUGACUGCAGCUCUGCGCGUCACUGACGGUGCUCUUGUAGUGGUAGACUGUGUGUCAGGCGUGUGUGUCCAGACGGAGACGGUGCUGAGGCAGGCCAUUGCGGAGCGCAUCAGGCCGGUUCUGAUGAUGAACAAGAUGGACCGGGCCCUGCUGGAGCUGCAGCUGGAGACCGAGGAGCUCUUCAACACCUUCCAGCGCAUCGUGGAGAACGUCAACGUCAUCAUCUCCACCUACGGAGAGGAUGAGGGCGGACCCAUGGGCAACAUCAUGGUGGACCCCGUGUCAGGCACUGUGGGCUUCGGCUCCGGUUUGCAUGGCUGGGCCUUCACCCUGAAGCAGUUUGCUGAGAUGUACGUGGCCAAGUUCACAGCCAAGAGCGACAAGAAAGCCGAGAUGCCACCAGCCGACCGUGCCAAGAAGGUGGAGGACAUGAUGAAGAAACUGUGGGGAGACAAAUAUUUUGAUCCAUCCAAUGGAAAGUUCAGCAAAAGUGCCCAGAAUUCAAAGGGCGAGAAACUCCCUCGCACAUUCUGCCAGCUCGUCUUGGAUCCCAUUUUCAAGGUCUUCGAUGCCAUCAUGAACUUCAAAAAGGAAGAAACUGAUAAACUGAUCGAGAAGCUUGACGUGAAGCUAGAUGCUGACGACAAGGAGAAGGAAGGCAAGCCUCUGCUCAAGGCAGUGAUGCGCCGUUGGCUGCCCGCUGGUGAUGCCCUGCUUCAGAUGAUCACCAUCCACCUCCCCUCCCCCGUCACCGCCCAGAGGUACCGCUGUGAGAUGCUGUACGAAGGGCCCGGUGACGACGAGGCUGCAAUGGGUAUUAAAAACUGUGACCCCAAGGCUCCUCUGAUGAUGUACAUCUCCAAGAUGGUGCCCACCACCGACAAGGGUCGCUUCUACGCCUUCGGCCGUGUCUUCUCCGGCACGGUGUCCACAGGGCAGAAGGUACGCAUCAUGGGGCCAAACUACACACCUGGCAAGAAGGAGGAUCUCUACCUCAAGCCUAUCCAGAGAACCAUCCUGAUGAUGGGCCGCUACGUGGAGCCCAUCGAGGACGUGCCGUGCGGCAACAUCGUGGGCCUGGUGGGCGUGGACCAGUUCCUGGUGAAGACGGGCACCAUCAGCACCUUCGAGCACGCCCACAACCUUCGCGUGAUGAAGUUCAGCGUCAGCCCCGUGGUCAGGGUGGCGGUGGAGGCCAAGAACCCCGCCGACCUGCCCAAGCUGGUGGAGGGCCUGAAGCGCCUGGCCAAGUCUGACCCCAUGGUGCAGUGUAUCAUUGAGGAGUCUGGAGAGCACAUUGUGGCAGGAGCUGGAGAGUUGCAUCUGGAGAUCUGCCUGAAGGAUCUGGAGGAGGACCAUGCCUGCAUUCCUCUCAAGAAAUCCGACCCGGUCGUGUCUUACCGUGAGACGGUCAGCGAGGAAUCCGACCAAGUGUGCUUGUCCAAGUCCCCCAACAAGCACAACCGCCUGUACAUGAAGGCGCGCCCCUUCCCCGACGGCCUGGCUGAGGACAUCGACAAGGGCGAGGUGUCGUCUCGUCAGGAGCUGAAGCUGCGGGCGCGCUACCUGGCUGAGAAGUACGAGUGGGACGUGGCGGAGGCCCGCAAGAUCUGGUGCUUCGGCCCCGACGGCACCGGACCAAACAUGGUCAUUGACGUGACGAAGGGGGUGCAGUACCUGAAUGAGAUCAAGGACAGUGUGGUGGCCGGCUUCCAGUGGGCCGUCAAAGAGGGUGCCCUGUGUGAGGAGAACAUGCGUGCCGUGCGCUUCGACAUCCAUGACGUGACCCUCCACGCGGACGCCAUCCACAGGGGCGGCGGCCAGAUCAUUCCCACGGCCCGAAGGGUCCUGUACGCCUCCAUGCUGACCGCCCAGCCCAGGCUCAUGGAGCCCAUCUACCUGGUGGAGAUCCAGUGUCCAGAGCAAGUUGUUGGCGGUAUCUAUGGUGUGCUGAACAGGAAACGUGGACACGUGUUUGAGGAGUCCCAAGUAGCAGGAACACCUAUUUUCGUCGUCAAGGCUUUCCUCCCUGUAAACGAGUCAUUCGGUUUCACAGCAGACCUGAGGUCCAACACCGGUGGCCAGGCCUUCCCCCAGUGUGUGUUUGACCACUGGCAGAUCCUGCCCGGAGACCCCUAUGACGCCACCAGCAAGCCGUCGCAAGUGGUGGCCGACACACGCAAACGCAAGGGCCUGAAGGAGGGCAUCCCCGCGCUAGACAACUUCCUGGACAAACUGUGAUCGUCGCCGUGACAAUAACAACGUCCAUCAACAUUACAAUGCAUCUGGCCAAUGUACUGUAGAUCUUCCAACAAAUUUAAAUGUAACAUAAUAAAAAUAAUACUAAAAUUAAAAAAAAAAUCACAAAAUGAUACAAAAGUGUAUGAGUGAGCAUUUACACACAGUAUGAAACAAACAAGAGGGACAGUGUUACGUAUUGCAAUGAACAACAGCAAAUAAAAUUUAGCACCUUACGUUGUGUUCCUCCGUGGCCAUAUUCAUCAUAACGACCUGACAUCUAUGCUUACAGUUUGGCUAAGUGUUGGUUUAACUGUCUAACAAAUGUUUCCAUCAUAAUGUAAACGCACUGUGUACUGUAGUAGAGCACAUCAUUAGGAGGUGAAUUCCACAAGUUGAUGAGCAAUGUGCCCAGUAGAUUUGCCAACUGAACCAUCAAACAGGAAACUUUUGUUAGUCAACAUCAAAUAUAUGAGGGUUUAAGGUUUUUUUUUUAUACACAUCUUUUUAUUAUGCCAAAAUCUUAGUUGUAUUAAAGAAAAACAGUGAAACAUAAAGGGGCUUGGCUUGAGUUCAUACUAGCAUUUCAUUGACAAAAAAAACUAAAACUGAAAUGUUGACUUGCUUUAACUUGUAAUUAAAACGAUGGCUCAUAUCCAGUAA